AUGGAUAUUCACUACGAUAAUAGGUGGCAACCCAUUAUCUAUCGCGCCCUUGACCUCAAAUUCGUGUUUGAUUCAUUUAGUCGCCGCGAUACUACUAGUACCAACGGCUUCAAAGAAAUUACAACGUCUAACACCUCGGCAAGCGAAGUAUUAGUGACCCAUUACAUCAGCCGCUGCAAUGCCUGCUCCGAGUCACUCCGGGCUUAUGCCUGA